UUUACAAUCUAUUAUUAUCAGACCUGAGUUCCACUCUUUUUCUUACUAUAUAUGAAGCAGCAUCUAUAGUUAUCAGUAUAAUCAUUGUGUAAUAUGAUAAGAAAUUAGACGUGAAUGAGACUAACAAUUCUAUAAUCCUAUUAAUCAUUAUGAAAUUUCAUAAUUUGGUUAUAGUCUAAACUUGACACCCGGCCCUAUAGAUUCAGCCAACAAAAACUAGCUAGCAGAAGAAGGUCACACAGACAAUACAUAAAAAAGAGAGGCUAAAAUCAUGACGAGGCUCCAACGGAGAAGUUCCGGUUCUCCGGUGGCCGCCUUUGCAGCCUUGCUGCUAGUAGCAUUCCUUUAUGUCGAAGCAGCAAUACCACCAUUUGGCUGCGAUUCGUCGGAUCCAAGCACGGACACUUUUGCAUUUUGUAGAGUGGACUUGCCUAUCAGGCAACGAGCCAAAGACUUGGUUGCUCGUCUAACUUUUGAUGAGAAGGUCUUUCAGCUGGUUAACACUGCCCCUGCUAUACCGCGCCUUGGCAUCCCCGCUUACCAGUGGUGGUCCGAGGCGUUGCACGGGGUUGCUGCUGUGGGGCGUGGUGUCUCCUUCAGUGGCACCAUCCGUAAUGCUACUAGCUUUCCUCAGGUUAUUCUUACUGCUGCUUCUUUUGACGCCCAUCUCUGGUACCGCAUUGGCCAGGCAAUAGGAAGAGAAGCAAGAGCAUUGUACAAUGAAGGACAAGCUAAAGGAAUGACAUUUUGGGCACCAAAUAUAAACAUAUUUAGGGAUCCAAGAUGGGGCAGAGGCCAGGAGACUCCAGGGGAAGACCCUUGGGUGGCAGGCAAAUACGCGAUGCAGUUUGUGAGAGGUCUACAAGGAGACUCUUUUGAAGGAGGACAAAUGCCGGGACACCUUCAAGCCUCAGCAUGCUGUAAACAUUUCACUGCGUAUGAUUUGGACCGCUGGAAUGGUUUCACUCGCUACAGAUUUGAUGCUCAGGUGACCGCACAAGAUAUGGCAGAUACAUACCAGCCUCCAUUUGAGAGCUGCAUACACCAGGGAAGAGCCAGUGGCAUAAUGUGUGCCUAUAAUCGCGUCAAUGGAGUUCCUAAUUGUGCUGAUUACAAUCUCUUAACUAGAACAGCGCGAGAAAAAUGGUCUUUUGAUGGGUAUAUAACAUCAGACUGUGAUGCAGUAUCUCUCAUCCAUCAAGCUCAAGGUUUCGCUGAAUCACCUGAAGAUGCAGUAGGCGAUGUCCUAAAAGCUGGUAUGGAUCUGAACUGUGGGUCUUACCUACUGAAUUACACAAAAUCAGCAGUAGAACAAGGGAAAGUGGUAGAAGCAGAGGUAGACAGAGCACUUGAAAACUUGUUUGCAGUGAGAAUGAGGUUGGGCUUGUUUAAUGGCAACCCAAAAGAUCUGCAAUAUGGGAGUCUUGGCCCUGCAGAUGUGUGCACCCAAGAGAGUAAGGCCUUAGCCCUCGAGGCUGCUCGACAGGGCAUCGUUCUCUUGAAAAACAAAGACAAGCUUCUCCCACUCCCAAAGGAACAAACCUUUUCCCUAGCUGUCAUAGGCCCCAAUGCUGAUGCUGCUUUGACGCUUCUAGGCAACUAUCGUGGUCGUCCUUGCAAUUCUAUUUCCCCACUUCAAGCACUACAAAGCUACGUCGAGAACACAAUAUACCACCCAGGGUGUGAGAAUGUGGCUUGUUCUUUUGCUUCAAUCGAAGAAGCCUCGAAUAUAGCAGAGGCAGCAGAUUAUGUGGUGCUAAUCAUGGGGCUUGAUACAACACAGGAAACAGAAGGUCUUGAUCGGUUGAACUUGGUCCUGCCAGGUGAGCAACAUAAUCUGAUACAACAGGUUGCAAGAGUUGCUAAAAGACCAGUGGUAUUAGUGCUUCUGUGUGGAGGUCCAGUUGAUGUAACCUUCGCCAAAAUAGAUGCCAACAUAGGCGGUAUCAUCUGGGCUGGUUACCCUGGUCAAGCAGGUGGUGUUGCACUUGCAGAAAUCAUUUUUGGAGAUUAUAAUCCAGGUGGAAAACUACCAAUGACUUGGUAUCCACAACAAUUUGUUGAAGUACCAAUGACAGACAUGAGAAUGAGAGCAGACCCUUCCUCAGGCUAUCCAGGGCGUACAUACAAGUUCUACCAAGGAAGUACAGUAUUUGAAUUCGGAGAUGGUCUAAGCUACACAUCCUACCACUAUAAUUUCAUUACAGUUACUCCAAACACUCAGUACUUAAAUUUAGUAGGAACUAUCAAAGUCGUUGAGUAUUCAUAUUCGACCAAGUAUGCUAUAGUUUUAGAUAAGGAUUCUGGACCCUGUAGUACAAUGAAGUUUAUAGCUACUAUUGGAGUGACAAAUGAAGGUGAUGUGGCAGGAAAGCACCCGGUGUUGUUGUAUGCAAGGAAAGAAAACGCGAUCAAUGGAAGUCCGAUAAAGAAGUUAGUUGGGUUUGAGAGUGUCUACUUGAAUGCAGGGGAACAAACAGAAAUCCAGUUUGAAUUGAACCCUUGUAAGCACCUGAGUAGAGCUGACCAAGAUGGGGUUAUGGUGGUGGAAGAAGGCAUUUACUCUCUAAUUGUGGGAGAUCAAGAGUUUCCAAUCACCAUUCAACUCACAAAUUAUUGAGCAAGCCCAAUUGGACUUCUGAAGUUUCUACUUAAAAGUCUCUUACCUUGUACAAACAAAUGUUAUGCUGGCAUUAAGCAAUAAAAAUGUGUAUUUCAAGA